AUGGCAGGCCGAACUCAAGGUCGAACUCAAGGUCAAACUCAAGGUCGAACUCAAGGUCAAACUCAAGUUCAAACACAAGGUCGAACUCAAGGUCAAACUAAAGGUCAAAGUCAAACUCAAGGUCAAACUCAAGGUCUCACUCAAGGUGAAACUAAAGAUCGAACUCAAGGUCAAACUCAAGGUCGAACUCAAGGACAAACUCAAGGUCAAACUCAAGGUCACACUCAAGGUCAAACUCAAGGUCAAACUGAAGUUCAAACUCAACGUCAAACUCAAGGUCAGACUCAAGGUCACUCUCAAGGCCAAACUCAAGGACAAACUAAAGGUCGAACUCAAGGUCGAACUCAAGGUCAAACUCAAGGUCAAACUCAAGGACAAACUCAAGGUCAAAGUCAAGGUCAAAGUCAAGGUCAAACUCAAGGUCAAACUCAAGGUCAAACUCAAGGUCAAACUCAAGGUCAAACUCAAGGUCAAACUCAAGGUCAAACUCUAGGUCACACUCAAGGUCAAACUAAAGGUCAAACUCAAGGUCAAACUAAAGGUCGAACUCAAGGUCAUACUCAAGGUCAAACUCAAGGUCAAACUCAAGGUCACACUCAAGGUCAAACUCAAGGUCAUACUCAAGGUCAAACUCAAGGUCAAACUCAAGGUCAAACUCAAGGUCAAACUCAAGGUCAAACUCAAGGUCAAACUCAAGGUCACACUCAAGGUCAAACUCAGGGUCACACUCAAGGUCAAACUCAAGGUCACACUCAAGGUCACACUCAAGGUCACACUCAAGGUCAAACUCAGGGUCACACUCAAGGUCGAACUCAAGGUCGAACUCAAGGUCAAACUCAAGGUCACACUCAGGGUCACACUCAAGGUCAAACUCAAGGUCACACUCAAGGUCACACUCAAGGUCACAAUCAAGGUCAAACUCAGGAUCAAACUCAAGGUCAAACUCAAGGUCAAACUCAAGGUCACACUCAAGGUCAAGCUCAGGGUCACACUCAAGGUCAAACUCAAGGUCACACUCAAGGUCACACUCAAGGUCACAAUCAAGGUCAAACUCAGGAUCAAACUCAAGGUCAAACUCAAGGUCAAACUCAAGGUCAAACUCAAGGUCACACUCAAGGUCACACUCAAGGUCAAACUCAAGGUCAAACUCAAGGUCACACUCAAGGUCACACUCAAGGUCACACUCAAGGUCAAACUCAAGGUCAAACUCAAGGUCAAACUAAAGGUCGAACUCAAGGUCGAACUCAAGGUCAAACUCAAGGUCGAACUCAAGGUCGAACUCAAAGGCAAACUCAAGGUCAAACUGAAGUUCAAACUCAAGGUCAAACUCAAGGUCAAACUAAAGGUCGAACUCAAGGUCAAACUCAAGGUCAAACUCAAGGUCAAACUAAAGGUAAAACUCAAGGUCAAACUCAAGGUCAAACUCAAGGUCAAACUCAAGGUCAAACUCAAGGUCGAACUCAAGGUCAAACUCAAGAUCAAACUCAGGGUCAAACUCAAGGUCAAACUCAAGGUCGAACUGAAGUUCAAACUCAAGGUCAAACUCAAGGUCAAACUAAAUGUCGAACUCAAGGUCAAACUCAAGGUCAAACUCAAGGUCAAACUCAAGGUCAAACUUUAGGUCAAACUAAAGGUCAAAGUCAAGGUCAUACUCAGGAUCAAACUCAAGGUCGAACUCAAGGUCAAACUCAUGGUCAAACUCAAGGUCAAGUCAAGUCAAUGGAUCGUGAUUAA